AUGUCGAAUAUGUCGACGACACCGCUUGCCGGGGGUUCAGUCAAGAUCGUCGAUUCGCGUACAUUCCCGGCUGCGACGGCGAUUGCCGUGGCUGAGGUAACUGUCGAGCCUGGAGGAAUGCGGGAGCUCCACUGGCACCCGACUGAGGAUGAAUGGACCUAUUUUCUCUCUGGGACGGCCAGGGUGACAGAAUUCGCGUCGAGUAGCACUGCUCAGACAUUUGACUUCCAGGCCGGAGAUGUUGGGUUCGUCCCGGCCACGUACGGACACUAUGUUGAGAAUACCGGGAACGACACACUGAAGUUCCUCGAGAUCUUCAAUACCGGUGCGUCGAAGCGUGAUUUGUCUGUAAGAACUCUAGACGAUCUUUUGUAUACAGAUAUUUUCCAAGACGUCAGUCUUGCUCAGUGGCUCGCAUUGAUACCGCCGCAGCUUGUACAGGCGCACUUGCAAAUCUCGAAUGAGACUAUUGCAGGGUUCAACAAGACCAAGCAAGUUGUCGUCGGACCCAACUGA